AUGCAGGGCAAGGAGAGACCCGUCGGGUCCAACACCCAGGAGACCCAUCAGUAUGUUGGCCCUUAUCGACUGGAAAAGACCUUGGGAAAAGGGCAGACCGGAUUGGUCAAGCUUGGGGUCCACUGCGUGUUGGCCAAGAAGGUGGCGAUCAAGAUCAUCAACAGGGAGAAGCUGUCGGAGACUGUGCUGAUGAAGGUGGAACGGGAGAUCGCGAUUAUGAAACUGAUCGACCAUCCUCACGUGCUAGGUCUUUCCGAUGUAUACGAGAACAAAAAAUAUCUAUAUCUUGUUCUGGAACACGUUUCCGGCGGCGAGCUUUUCGACUAUUUAGUGAAAAAAGGUAGACUAACGCCGAAGGAAGCGAGAAGAUUUUUUCGACAAAUCAUUUCUGCGUUAGAUUUUUGUCAUAGUCAUAGUAUAUGUCACAGAGACUUGAAGCCUGAAAAUUUGUUGUUGGACGAGAAGAAUAACAUCAAGAUCGCGGAUUUCGGGAUGGCGUCGUUGCAGCCAGCGGGCUCCAUGCUGGAAACUAGCUGCGGCUCCCCUCAUUACGCCUGCCCCGAAGUUAUUCGAGGUGAGAAAUACGACGGGAGGAAGGCGGACGUUUGGUCGUGCGGGGUGAUACUUUACGCGCUUCUGGUAGGCGCGUUGCCCUUCGACGACGACAAUUUGAGAAAGUUGCUGGAGAAGGUGAAGCGCGGCGUGUUUUACAUACCGCACUUCGUGCCACCCGAAUGUCAGAAUCUACUCGAGGGGAUGAUCGAAGUCGAUCCCGAUAAGAGGCUGACGCUGGCGGAAAUAAACAGGCACGCGUGGGUGACGGCAGCGGGCAAGGGCGAGCUAGAACUGGAGCUGUCGAUGAUGGACGUGGUACAGACGCACGUUAUUCCGUCCGUGGAUGCGAUCGAUCCGGACGUGUUGCAGGCGAUCGCGAGCCUAGGCUGCUUCAAGGAACGGGACAAGCUGAUUCAAGAACUUCUCAGCCCGAACCACAAUACGGAGAAGGUGAUAUAUUUCCUGCUGCUCGAGAGGAAACGAAGAAGACCGGCGUGCGAGGACGAGCUCGAGGUAAUGAGAGGAGGCAUGAGAGGAUCCGCGGGACAACUGGAGGCGGAUCCACCUAGAAAACGGGUGGACACGUGUCGAGUGAACGGCAGCACGGCCCUCAAUCUCGGAGAAAUUAGCCACGGUUCUCCUCUAACACCCAGACGACAGUCGAGCACGAGGCAUCACGCGCGUCGUUCGCCCAGCACCGGAUGCCACACGCACGGCUCGCAUUCGCACUCCUCCUCGACGCAGGGUAGCUCUCCCUUGCACGGCUCGAACGCCGUCGCAGGAUUGCUCAGUCCUCACAGAGCUCCUCCGAGCUCCCACCUAGGACAGGCGGGAAGCCCUCACAGAAUAUCAACGGUGACGAUGAACGCGGGCAAUGGAAACACGAUCAGCCCGGCCGUCGCGGCUCCUGCACCAGCCCUACCCAACGUGGGAAUAGAGAUAAACGACGUGCAGCAGGUUGCGGUCGGUGUUACACCGCCAGGAUCGCCCCACACUGGAGCCGGCUCUGGUGCCCAUCACUGGAGAUCCAGGUUGACCACCAUCAAGAACUCCUUCCUAGGCAGUCCCCGGUUUCAUCGACGCAAAUUGCUCACAAGUACCGAAGAGGUGCAUCUGACGCCGGAUUCCUCUCCGGAGCUUACGAAAAAAUCGUGGUUCGGUAGUCUGAUGACCACGGAAAAAGACGAAACGUUCACGAUUCUGGUGAAAGGAAAGGCAUUGGCCAGCGUGAAAGCCGACCUGAUCCACGCUUUUCUAUCGAUAGCGGAGUUGUCCCACAGCGUAAGCUCGCCCAUGUCCUUCAAAGUGGAAUACAAACGAGGGAGCACGGCACCGGCCAUGUUCCAAAGACAAGUCCGUUUUCAAGUGGACAUUAGCGCAAUUUCGAAACAACAGAGCGAACCGUUGUUCGCCAUUACUUUUACCCUGCUAAGCGGAAACAUCCGGAGAUUUCGAAGAGUCUGCGAGCACAUUCAGUCGCAGGUCUGCUCGAGGAACGUAGGAAUAAACUUGGGAGGUCAGAGCAGAGCGGCGCCGCCGAGUCCGCGGGCCUCGAGGAAGUUCACCCAGGAGAUGAGCGAAAGUUCGAGCUGCGGAAGCGACACCAGCGAGCGAUUGUUUCUCAGCCCGCAUCCAGCUACCAGACAGGUAGUCUGUUUCAACAAGAUCGACUCGGACAUCGAAUCGGACACGUCCGUGUUCGACGUGAAAUCGCCGACACGUGAGAACGGUCGCAGAAGUUCCACCUCGACGAACAACAAUAAUCCUUUGCCGGGGGACGCGACGCCGACGCCCGGAAGUCCGACCAAGGCGGUGCGCAGCAACUCGGAGAGCCAGAAUACACCGGAGAAGAAAUGCGUGACCACGAUGAGCGGCAACAACAUAGCGUGAUACUACCGGAACUUCCGUUUUGAGUUUCGAUCGAACCUGAAGAACUUAUGGGACAGCGCUCAGAGAUUCUGGUGAGAGAAGCUCGCCGCGAGCACCGAUCCUGAGA